AUGUACCUGUUUAUUCUCGCGCUCGCGUCGCACGGAGUUUCGAUUGUGUGUGAAAUGUACGGUAUCAAUUCUGAAUCGAACGGUAUCAAUUCUGAGUUGAAUAUCGAUUCUGCGUUGAAUAUUACUGGCCUGCUCGAUCCACCAGAUUACUUCGAUUGGAGAGAUCGUAAAGUGGUGUCGCCGGUCAAGAGCCAAGAAACUUGUGCGGCGUGCUGGGCGUUCAGCGCGAUUGCAAACAUAGAGAGUCACCUGAAAAUUCACCUGGGGCGAGAGGAGAGACUGUCGGAGCAGUUUCUGAUAGACUGCAACCCGCGGUCGGUCGGUUGCGGCUCUAUGUCGCUAUUGGAGACUUUCUCCAUGAUAGUCAGCAACGGUGGAGUUUUACGUGAUGCUGACUACUACCCGUAUGCCGCUCGUCCCUUGCCGUGUCGCUGGGACAAGAACAGACAACUGAUGCCCGUGAUGGGCUACAGACGGGUGAAGAGAGAUGAGGAGCUGAUGAAAGUAUUCCUGUACAAUCUCGGUCCCCUGUCUGCGGGAAUAAACUCUGAAUCUAUGAAGAAAUAUACAGGUGACAUAGACGAACCAGCCGAAGGCGAGUAUUUACCAAACGAACGAGACCACGCGGUACUUAUAGUGGGAUACAACACUUACUUGGACCCAAACACCGGUAAGCGCACAGACUACUGGAUCAUCAAGAAUUCCUGGGGCGCGGAGUGGGGCGACCACGGCUUCUACUACCUGGUACGUGGCCGCAACGCCUGCGGUAUCGCCGAAGAUGUCGCCUUCAGCUUCGUGGAUUAG